AUGAUGGUUGGCAAGAACAAGCACCUUACAAAAGGUGGUAAAAAGAGAGCCAAGAAGAAAGUGGUUGACCCAUUUUCUAAGAAAGAUUGGUAUGAUGGGAAAACACUGGCCAUGUUCAAUAUAAGGAAUAUUGGGAAAACAUUAGUCACGAGGACUCAAGGAACCAAAAUCGCAUCUGAUGGCCUCAAGGGUCAAGUGUUUGAAGUGAGCCUCGCCAAUCUGCAGAAUGAUGAAGUUGCAUUUAGAAAAUUCAAGCUAAUUACUGAGGAUGUUUAGGGCAAAAACUGCUUGACCAACUUCCAUGGCAUGGAUCUCACCUGAGACAAAAUCGGAAGAGCAC